GGACUGAGUACGCUCUAGAUAUAAACCAACGGACUUGUGUAAGGAAAGGAACAUACAUAUCCAUUUGGUCUUAAAGUUGUGAAGAAACUGCCGUUAUUAUUGAAGGACAUUCCAUAAUUAAUAUCACUUUUUCAUUCUGAGAGUCGUCAUACGAUGAAGUUUAACAAAGAAAUCCAGUUGCUGUUGUUGUCUGUGUGCUGUUGGUGCAUUUUGUCCCAGGAGACCCUAUCGGCAGGGGGAGUGUUAACAGUCGUUGACCCACCCCCUGGAGAUGUUGCCAGAGAGAAUCAGGGGUUAGAGAAUCUAAAGGCCUUAUGUAGCCGAUGCAAUGCCGUUGUCUGCACACUGGGAAUACCAAAUGACUGUGGAGCGUAUGUCGUCUGCGAAUCAGGACGACAUCCAACACAGCUAAGAUGUCCGUUCGGAACUUUCUUCAAUCAGAAGGAAAACAGAUGUGAUUUUCCAUCCAUCAUCAAAUGCGCAAAAGAUCCCUGCUCCGAUCCACGGUACCCAAACCUAGUGUCGUACCAAGACUUCAGAAGCAAAGAGCCAAAUUGUCGCUACUACUGGAAGUGUAGUGGGAGGUAUUCAGCUGCCGAGUGUUGUCCAGAAGGGACCUCCUACAAUGGCAAGGAAGGCGCAUGCGUGAAGGACAAGGCAUGUAACGCUUCAUGUCCACGAUACCAAGAAACACAUGAUAUAGAUACCGACACCAAAGUAACCGUGUGUAACGGCAAAGCCAAGACGAUCAAGUGUCCCCUUCGAAUGGAGGUCCGGAUCAAUGACGUGUUUUAUGGGCGUGCCGAUAUCAAAACAUGCGGUCCAACUCCACCAAUCAAAAAGCCGUGUUCCACUCGCUCGGCGUUUAAAGUUAUACGGAGCCUGUGUGCUGGAAAACAAUCCUGCUCUGUCGCCGCCGACCCCUCUCUCUACACCGACUCUUGUCCAGGGAUAAAUAAAUACUUACGAGUUGACUACACAUGUAAACCAGGUUGUAAUCUAAAGAGCAAGGAUGGAAAGACAUUCUACAAUGAAGCGAAUGUCGCAGAGACACAAAAAUGUGGCCAUGGCACGCGAUUUGAUGCCGAACUUUGCACGUGUGUUAGAGCCGGAAGUGUUACACCAUUAUGUCAACUUGAAGUUCACAUCACCUUUAAUGAUAUUGAAAGCAAACUAGUGAAGAAUGAAGCUGAAGCUCCAGUUUGGAUAUAUACGAAAUAUAUCGAAAAGAUCAAAGGUUAUGGUCAGUUCCGUGGGAACAGCUCCGUCUCUAUUCCAUUUUACAGCGGAAAUGACAAUCUUUCACGGAAGUUUGGGAUCCAGAUUAGAAUUUAUGUAAUGGGACAGGGACCUUCUAAACAGAUUUUGCUUACAAAUUGUGGUAGUGAUACUUCAAGAUAUCCUGAUGCCUCAUCACUCGAAAUUUACAUCAAUACGACGACUUCCGGUUCCAGUAUCCACAUGCGAAUAGUCAAUGACGAUAAUACUGUCACAUCUUUGGCACUUCCUAUAAAAAUUAAAGAAUGGACUAACGUGCUUUUCCGAUUUGACGGAUCACAUCUACAUGGGACGUUACAGCAUAUCAACAAGGCCACAGGAAAAGUUCAGGAGGACAAGGGCAAGGUCGCAUUCUCGGGGAACAUGAUGACCAGCGUUGGCCCAUUGAAAAUAGGAUCUUGUACAGAUUUUGUUGACGGACUCUACGCCUUUAUUGACGAGAUUCAAAUUUCUUUCUGCAAGACAGCCUUACCGAUGAGUGGCGCCGCCACUCCCUAGAAUUUAUGAUUACUUACAUGGAUUAUUACCAUUUAUGAUCAUUUUCCGUUUCAUCUCUGUGUACCUCUAAAAUCAUCCAUAUGGUGUCAAAUAUCGACAAUAAACUUAAUAACAAAAACAAAAUAUUGUAUAAAAUGUAGGUCAGCUAUGCAAAUUCCUUUUUUGUAGUUAAAGAAACAAUAUUUCACGCAAUAUUCCUCAUGUACAUCAUAGUAAGGAAAAUUAAUUAAAGGACAUUACUAGUAUUCAUGUGAUAUGCAUUACAAAAUGAUGUUGCUAGUAAAAGUAUAUAUUAUGAGAUGAUAUUACUGCUUAUACCUUUGAUUCACAUUACGAUAGGAUAAUACUAGUUCUAUUAUUGAUUCACAUUUCGUUAUUAAAAUGUGUGUUCUACUAGUGAUUCACAUCCUACAUCUGAUUCACAUUUCGUGAUUAAAAAGUUUGUUCUACUAGUGAUUAACGUUACGAUAAAAUAAUGCUAGCUCUACUAGUGACUCACAUUACGAUAGGAUAAUAUAAGUCCCGUAGUGAUAUACUAUUGCUUCACAUGAGAAUGAGUUAAUGCUAUUUCUACUACUGAUUCAUAUAACCAUAUGCUAAUUUCUACUGUUGGUUCACAUUAUUGUGUGAUAAUUCUAAUUGAACUAUUGAUUCUCAUUUACAUUAUAAUACUGCGUAAUACAACACGUGGAAAUCUCUUGAUAAUGAAACUCAUAUGAAUUUUAAGGGGGAAACUUUUUUAUGCGUUAUGCGUGUCAUUAUUUCUUUACUACUUACAAUGAACCUCUAAUUAUAUAACCGAGGAAUGAUGCUGACAUUUGAUACUAUUUCAUGCCGAGAACGAUGCCGGAUAUCAAGAUCUGCAAACAAUACUUAUUUUUCAUAAUAUUACUUGUCAUUGUUUUUGAUUCGUAAUAAAUGUAUUUGAUAUUUCUUAUGUA